ACCUGGCACCCCUCUUGCCUCUUCCCCUGUCCAAGAUUGUGGGAGUUGGAGGGUUACUUCGCUGGAGGAUUGGACCCUUGAAGCAGACAUGGUGGGAUGUCCUGUUGCUUGGUAGGGGAGAAGAGAGAGACAAAUAGCUGUGGGGUACCUUUAGACACACUGAACUCCUGGAAGAAUGUGAUCCAGACCCCAAUAACGGGGAGGAGGCCUUGGGUUUCAAACUGUUUAUAGCCGGAGAAGUCCUCUAUGGUUUCAAGGUCUCAUCUGUGAAAGGAUGGGGCUGGAUGCAAUGACUUUCACCGUCCUCAUUCUGUGUACCUGGCAGCCUGGGCCCAGAGCUUUCCCUCCCACCCUUGCCUUUCGGGGUCGCUGCGCAGUAGGGCCUGGGAGGAGGGGACGAGGUGUUUCCGGACUCGGCCCCGGGCCGCCUCUGCGUGGCUGUGACGUGUUUCGCCCCGCCUGCCUUGGGUGGUGACGCGGGUGGCCACGCCCCGUGCUGACGUCACCGGCCCGGUUCCCUCUCCGGGGAGCGGCGGCGGACGCUCGGCUCCCACCCCCUCCCCUCUCUCGGGCUCUCCCCUCCCCGGUGGCGGCCGCGGCCCGACCCUCUGUGAGGCGAUGGCCCGAGCCCCGAGCGCAGGCUAGCGUGCCUGGGUUCCCGGCCAUGGGCUGUAUCGGCUCUCGGAGUCCGGCGGGUCAGGCAUUUCUGGGGACCACCAGCUGGCUGAGGCUCAGGGACAGAGACGGCUACUCCAGCUAAAGUGGCCUCGGACCCGGCUUGGGCUGUGGAGUGGAUCGAACUUCCUCGGGGCCUCUCUCUAUCUUCCUUGGGAUCUGCUCGGACCCUCCGAGGCUGGAGCCGAUCCUCCCGCCCUUCCUCCGUGGACAGCCAGGACUUGCCAGAGGUGAAUGUUGGAGACACAGUCGCGAUGCUGCCCAAGUCCCGGAGAGCCCUAACUAUCCAGGAGAUUGCUGCGCUGGCCAGAUCUUCCCUGCAUGGUAUUUCCCAGGUGGUAAAGGACCACGUGACCAAGCCCACCGCUAUGGCCCAGGGCCGAGUGGCUCACCUCAUUGAAUGGAAGGGUUGGAGCAAGCCAAGCGACUCACCUGCUGCCCUGGAAUCAGCCUUUUCCUCCUAUUCGGACCUCAGCGAGGGUGAACAAGAGGCUCGCUUUGCAGCAGGAGUGGCCGAGCAGUUUGCCAUUGCAGAAGCCAAGCUCCGGGCGUGGUCUUCGGUGGAUGGUGAGGAUUCCACCGAUGAAUCCUAUGAUGAAGACUACCCUGGAGGAACUGACUCAGAUAUGGCUGGGCAGCUGCCCCUGGGGCCCCACCUCCAGGACCUCUUCACUGGCCACCGAUUCUCCAGGCCUAUGCGCCAGGGCUCUGUGGAGCCUGAGAGCGACUGCUCGCAGACCGUGUCCCCAGAGACCCUGUGCUCUAGUCUGUGCAGCCUGGAGGAUGGGUUGCUGGGCUCCCCAGCCCGCCUGGCCUCCCAGCUGCUGGGUGACGAGCUGCUCCUCGCCAAACUGCCCCCCAGCCGGGAAAGUGCCUUCCGUAGCCUGGGCCCAUUGGAGGCCCAGGACUCGCUCUACAACUCGUCCCUCAUGGAGUCCUGCCUUUCCCCCGCCGAGGAGGAGCCAGCCCCCUGCAAGGACUGCCAGCCUCUCUGCCCGCCACCAGUGGGCAGCUGGGAACGGCAGCGGCAAGCCUCUGAUGUAGCUUCUUCUGGGGUGGUGUCCUUAGACGCGGAUGAGGCAGAGCCAGAGGAACAGUGACCCAAAUCAUGCCUGGUGGUGGCAUGCGUCCCCUGGCUGCUGCUGGGGGCAGAGCCUCUGUGCCCAAGUGCAGGCUGGAGGCCUCCAGCAGAGCUCCAAAGCCUAGAGGGCUCCUGGGAGCACUCACUCCUCCGUUGUGUGUUUUGCAUGAAAGUGUUUGGAGAGGAGGCAGGGGCCAGGCUGGGGGCGCAUGUCCUGCCCCCACUCCUGGGGUUUGCCGGGGGUUGCCCGGGGCCCCUGGGGCAUGGCUACAGCUGUGGCAGACAGUGAUGUUCAUGUUCUUAAAUCAAAAAUGCCACAUACACAUUUCCUCUUUGGAUGAUGUGAACCCCUAAGGGGGUGGUUGUGACUGGGCCCUGUGGGGUGGAACGGGAGGGAGCCCGGCCCCCUCUCCCCCUUCCCUGUGCCUCUCUCUUUGCUUCUCUCCACUUCUGAGUCCAUGUGCAGUGCUUGACAGACUCCUCCCCCAUCCCAGGGCGGGCUGGCUCUUACCCUCCUGGAGCCUAGGAUUGAGCCGUUUCCCCCAAGGGCCCCUCGCCCAGCUGGGCUCGUGCUGUGCUUUGCCUCUCCAUCAUCUCUAAAUCUUCUUCUAUUUCCUAAAGAGGGGUUUUGGUCUGUUCUUUCAGUCGUAUUCUCUGGGAGGCACUGGAUUGAUGAAGGCAUGUACCCUCUGCCCUUUUCCUGGCCCCUUGUAGGAUGUGUGGGCAGGAUCCCAGCGGCUCACAGCCUGCCUGGCUGCCCUAUUCACCGAGUUCUUGUCAGAGUGGAGUUGGGAGAAGGGAUGGCUCCACUUGCUACGGAGCUGUGACUUCAAUGUUCUUCCAGAGAGGGCCACAAGGGGGCCACGUGGGUGGCUGGGCAGUUGUCUGUGGGGGCCUGAGCCAGGCAGGAAUUGUGCCAACAAGUGACAGUCAUGUGGGAGUGUCUCUCCUUGGGGAGGGAGGAGGGUAGUGCCUUUCUUGGCUGAAUGAAAGGCCAAAGCUAUAGCACUGCGGGCCUCUGCCCCAGCUAGCGUGUUGAUAACUAAGCAGUGGAGGCCUCUAUGGAUCCUGUGUUCCACAGACCGUGAGCUCUGGAGUUUUAUGGCUGUGGGGGGUUUGGGUGGCUGCAGAAUUCCGAGCCUUGUAGGCUUUGGCAGGUAAGAGGGCCCAAGGUAAGAACAAGAGCUGAUGGGCACAGGCAUUCUAUAUAUAAGUGGCUCAUUAGGUGUUUAUUUUGUUCUAUUUAAGAAUUUGUUUUAUUAAAUUAAUAUAAAAAUCUU